AUGGACAUCGAAUCUUCUACAUCAUCCCUUUCACAAUCUAUUCAUCAAGAAUCGAGAAACCAAGCUCUUUUCAAUAAGCAGAGAGGAGGAUGGAGAGCUAUCAAGUACAUUAUUGCAAACGAGUCCUUCGAGAAACUGGCGUCUAUGAGCUUGAUAGGGAAUUUAUCGGUGUAUCUCACGACAAAAUACAAUCUUGGUGGUGUUUUCUUGGUGAACAUCGUCAACAUCUGGUUUGGCUCGUGCAACUUUCUUAGUAUCCCGGGUGCUUUUGUCUCUGAUGCUUACCUCGGAAGAUUCUGGACUCUUCUCCUCGGUUCCAUCUCUUCUUUCCUCGGAAUGGGAAUAAUGGCUCUAACCGCAGCUAUUCCACGUUUAAGACCCGAGGCAUGCAAAGAUCCAUCAAAUUGUUCAAAUCCACCUGCGGAUUGGCAGCUCGCGGUUCUCUUCGCUAGUCUAGGUUUAUUAGCCAUUGGAGCAGGAGGAAUCAGACCAUGCAACAUCGCAUUUGGAGCAGAUCAAUUCGAUACAAACACGAAAAAGGGCAAAGCUCAGCUUGAAACAUUCUUUAACUGGUGGUACUUCUCCUUCACUGUGGCUCUUCUCAUUGCAUUGACAGGUGUCGUCUAUAUACAGACUAACAUCAGUUGGGUAAUUGGUUUCGUGAUCCCCACGGCUUGUCUUGCAUUCUCUGUCACCACUUUCGUCAUCGGUCAGCACACUUACAUAUGUGCAAAACCUAAGGGAAGUGUGUUCGCAGACAUGGUUAAGGUUGUUGCCGCUGCUUGUAAGAAACGUAAGGUGAAAUCUGGAGAAGGUGUAACAUUUUACUUAGGCCCUUCUAAUGAUGGAUCCUCCACCACUUUGGUCCAAAACAGACAAAGGAUAAGGUUUUUGGACAAAGCAUCGGUGAUAACUGAUCCGAACGAGUUAAACGAAGAAGGUAAGGCUAAGAACAACUGGAGAUUGUGCAGUGUGAAUCAAGUGAAGAACCUCAAGUGCGUAACCGCGAUUUUACCGGUUUGGGUCACGGGAAUCGCGUGUUUCAUGCUAACUGACCAACAAAACAUUUAUGGGAUCCUUCAAGCGAUUCAGAUGGAGAAAACGUUUGGACAUAACUUCCAAGUCCCAGCAGGAUGGAUGAAUCUUGUCUCCAUGAUCACACUUGCCGUCUGGAUCUCACUCUACGAAUGCGUCAUCUUACCAAUAGCCAAACGAACCACAGGACGCAAACAACGGUUAACGACGAAACAGAGGAUUCAGAUAGGCAUCGUGAUGGGUAUUGCUUGUAUGGUUGUCGCUGGUGUCUUGGAGAAGGAGAGAAGAUCUGCUGCUCUCAAGAACGGUUCGUUUGUGUCUCCUGUUUCGAUUGUGAUGCUGCUUCCUCAGUUCGUGCUUGCGGGUUUAACCGAAGCGUUUUCUGCGGUGGCUCUCAUGGAGUUUUUGACGGUUAAGAUGCCUGAGCACAUGAGAGCCAUCGCCGGAGCGAUCUUCUUUUUGAGCUCGUCGAUAGCGAGUUACAUAUGCACGCUUCUUAUCAAUGUGAUCGAUGCCGUGACACGCAAGGGAGGGCGUUCUUGGUUAGGAGAUAAAGACUUGAACAAGAACAGGCUCGAGAACUAUUUUUUCAUUAUAGGCGGCAUUCAAGUCUUGAAUCUGCUGUAUUUUAGGUUCUUUGCUUCCAGGUUUGUCACUGAGAAAAAUAAGGACAACAGAGAUUUUUAG